AUUUUCUCUUUAGACACAUCUGAGAGAUUUUCUUCCAACGGUUUUGAAUCUGAAUUUUCAGAUCUAGAUAUAUAAAGUCUAAAACUUUUCCUUUCUAGGUUUUUGCUGCUUGUCUUUUGUCUUUUUCAAGAGCAGAGUCAGAUAUGGCCAAUCUAUCCAAGGCAGAGACGUUUCUAUCCGAAUUUUCGCCUCAGACUUCUGAAAUUUCACCUGAAGAUCCCGAUCUCGUUCUCUCCUUUAUAAGGCUCUCACUCCUUCGGGUCUUUGAAUGUUGGUUUUAUCUCACCACCCAUGCGUGUUUAGGUAGAGUAAAGGGAUCAGAUGUGGUGUAA